GAUACAGAGGCUACAGUCUCUCUCAUAAUAAGUACAUCGCAGUGCUAUAAGAAUGUUACGUAUAAGUGUGGUUUUGAGCAUCAUCCUGUGGGUUCUUCGCACACAAGUUGGAGGUGAACACAUUCCCACCCUCCCAGCGACACCCACCGAAAUUAUUCGUCACUAUGGGUACACGGCGGAAGAGCACUCCGUCCAAACACCUGAUGGCUACAUUUUGAAGCUACACCGUAUCCCCCCAUAUGGUGGCAAUGAAUCCGCUACACAUCAAGUGGUAUUCCUCCAGCAUGGUGUAUUGGGAUCUUCGGCGGAUUUUCUAAUUCAAGGCCCACAGAAUUCUCUCCCAUUUCAAUUGGCUGAUGCUGGAUACGAUGUAUGGAUGGGAAAUUUCCGCGGAAAUAUGUACUCUCGGAAGCAUCUCACCCUCAGUGCGCAAGAGCAUAAAUUUUGGGAUUUUGAAUCGCAUGAAUUUGGUGUAUUUGACUUACCUGCUAUGCUGGAUCAUGUAUUGUUGGUGUCUGGUGAGAAAAAACUCCACUACAUUGGACAUUCUCAGGGUGCCACAGCAGCUUUAGUUCUCCUCUCAAUGCAACCGCAGUACAACAAAAUGUUCAGAACUUUCCAAGCUCUAGCCCCGAUUGGUUUCAUGAAGAAUGCAAAGUCCCCAUUCCUUAAGACACUAUCUCGUAUGACCUUAAGCCCUGAGAUUGUGUCUGAGUACAUUGGCAAUGGAGAAUUUGUGCCAUCAGCAAGGAUGCUUGACUUGGGUGGAAGGAUCCUUUGCAAGGACCACGCAUCCACUCAAUCCCUCUGUCUCAAUACUCUCUUUCUCAUUGCUGGUUUCGAUACGGACCAACUGAAUAAGACGCUCUUGCCGGAAAUUUUCUCACGCCACCCUGCUGGGACUUCCGUUUACGAGCUCAUUCAUUACGCCCAGGAGGUGAAGUCGGGUAAUUUCGCUCAGUACGACCAUGGAACCGUUGGUAAUUUGAAGCGAUAUGGGUCAAUCAAUCCACCCUCGUAUGAACUCACAAAAGUAACAACUCCUGUAACGUUGUACUAUGCUCAAAAUGAUUGGCUCUCAUCCAUUGAGGACACGGAGCGGUUGGCACAGAAACUCUCCAAUUGCAUUGGAAAAGUUCUCAUUCCUGCUGAAAAGUUUAGUCACUAUGAUUUCCUCUGGGGGGCAGAUGUGAAGCAACAGGUCUAUGAUAAGAUUGUGAAAGUGCUGAAUAAAGUGUAAUUAAUCUCUGUGCUAUAGUGCAGAAAUCAAUGCCCCAUAAAGCAAAACACGCAUUCAAUAUGUCGUUGUGGUGUGAUUAGUUUGUGAUGCAUCAUGUAAAAUGAUUUUCUAUUUGAAAUAAACACUGCGCAUAGAAUUUAAUUAACUAA